GUUCUUGAGAGCUGAUCGGAAUUGAACCCCGGAAAAACCCGUCUGUGGUUUUCUCGUUCUGGUUUUUGCUCUCUGAUGUGAAUGUGAUUAUCCAGGGAUUCUUAGCCGAAAUAUAAUAAAUUUUGUUUGAGAGCAGAUUGGCCUCGUGGAUAGCUGUCCAGAGAUGUUCUUCUCAUCAGGUGGCCAAAUAUGCAAAUAUCCUUCCGUUGCCGCUACAGGGAGAGAGAAUCCUUUCCCUCCCUAUUUCCGGAUUCUUCUACCUGCUCGCCCCUCCCAUUUUUAUUUUUAUUUUAUUUCUAAUACUGUCCUCCGUCACACUCUGUCCGCCUUAUCUACUGUCUCUACGCUGUUGCCUGGAUUUUUUUUCUUCCUCCAAUAUCAAAUCCUGCGUUAACCCGUGACAAAACCAUAUGCGAACCACAUUACAUCAAUUAUCUGCCUUUGUUUUCUAUUAGAGUAUAGCUUCGUCUAUGGAGAGGCAGAGAAGCUUCUCCUUCAAACCCACUAGGCUUCUGGUUUUCUCGUUCACAAUCUGUUCCUCUGUCGUCUUCCUUACUACUUUCGCGUUUUGGGUCAAAAAGUUCUCACCUUCAGUCCACCAGCAGACUCAUGUUCAGUUCAACAGAUCUCUCAGUGGCGGUGACGGACCUUUGAGCCUUCAGAACUCGACUGGUUUUACUAGAAACUUUACGGUAGAUGGUGUAAAAAUCCCUGCUUUGAUUGAAAAUCGUCGUGGUCGGUCCGAUAACUUUUCUAAUGGUGACAGUUAUUCCGGGUCAAAUUCUUCUGUGCCGGAAUUUGGAGGACAUGAAGCUCGUGCUUCGGUUACUAAUUUCACGCCAAUGCAAGAUGUCGUUGCGGAUGAAUCUCUAUCUGGGGUGGUUAGAGAUAAACAGGGGAAUACAAUUCUUGGUUUAGAUGAGAGAACUGAUGGCAACAGGAAAGAAGAGUUUAUUACAGCAGCUUCGUUCAAGAAGAUUGAAGUUCUGGCCGGGAAGAAGAUUGGGCAGAAAACAGUCAAAGGCUGUGAUUUAACAAAAGGGAGUUGGGUUUUUGAUGAAAGCUAUCCUCUGUACACGAAAGAUUCAUGUCCUUUCAUAGACGAGGGUUUCGAUUGCUUGGGAAACGGAAGAUUAGAUAGCGACUACUUAAAGUGGAGAUGGCAACCGCAAGACUGUGAUCUUCCAAGGUUCAAUGCAACAAAAAUGCUGGAGUUGAUAAGAGGGAAAAGAUUAGUGUUUGUGGGGGAUUCGAUUAAUCGGAACCAAUGGGAAUCACUGCUGUGCAUGUUAACUGGUGCUAUCAGAGAUCCGAAGAGAGUGUACGAGACCCGUGGGCGAAAGAUUACCAAAGAGAAGGGAAAUUAUAGUUUCAGGUUUCUGGAUUACCAAUGCACAGUUGAAUUUUAUGUGUCUCAUUUCUUAGUCCACGAAAGCAAGGCAAGAAUAGGGCAGAAACGGAGACCAACCUUGCGAAUUGACGCCAUUGAUCGCGGUUCCUCAAGAUGGAGAGGAGCUGAUAUCUUGGUUUUUAAUACUGCACAUUGGUGGUCACACUACAAAACAAAAGCCGGGAUUAAUUACUAUCAGGAAGGAAGCCUAGUUCAUCCGCAGCUAAAUGUGUCAACAGCUUUCAGGAAAGCUUUGACGACUUGGUCUUCAUGGGUUGACAAGCACAUCAAUGCCAGAAAAACCCGAGUUCUCUUUCGAAGCUCAGCACCUUCUCAUUUCAGGGGAGGUCAAUGGAACACGGGAGGGCAUUGUAAGGAAGCGACAAGUCCGCUGAAUGAAACCUUAAGCACAGCUGAACCGGAGAAGAACAGAAUCGUGGAAGAGGUGUUGAAGCAGAUGAAAACUGGGGUGACAUUGUUGGAUAUAACAAGGUUGUCAGGGUAUAGAAUAGAUGGGCAUCCAUCUAUAUAUGGAUGGAAAUCAGGCAAGAACAGUAAAUCUCAGAGAAUACAAGAUUGUAGCCAUUGGUGCCUUCCCGGGGUUCCAGAUACGUGGAAUGAGCUCCUAUUCUAUCAUGUGCACGCUACAUCAAAAUGAGCCGUGCAAGACGGUCGCACCCCCUCAAUUUAUUUAUUUAUUUAUUUUUUCAGAUGUUUAUUUGUACAAUCCACCUCUAAUUUAGACACCUAUCUUCAUUUGACUUUGGGCUUCUUUUUGGCAUAAGUGCGCCUUAUUUCUA